AUGGCCCAGAAGCAAGACAGUUCUGGGAGGGGUGCAAGGGACUUUGCAAUGUACUACCAUUGCACUCCGGAGUCUGUCCAGAAUGAUUCAUGUAUGAAUGCAGAUCAUCUCUGCUGUAGAGCAUGUGAAGAGGGAGAGCAGAAAGGAGAAACCAUUGAUGCUGCCUUCAUCGGGGGCGGCAGGUACAGGCCGGCUGCUGCCUCCAGUGCCCCUCUUUCCUCUCAGGGUUACCUCUGGGAUGGCAAAAAUGAAACAGAGGAGGCUGAAAACCCUCAGAAGCUGACAACAUCUGAAGAGGAGCAAAGCGGCCAAGCAACAGUCCACCAACAUCAGCAAGAGCAGUAUGGUGGCCCAUAUGUCUUGAUAACUCCAAAUGAAGCCAGAAGAAACCAGUUGCAGCAAAUUGCUAAGAAAGAGCUAGAUGACCUGGAGCGGUGGAAGGAAGAGCACAGGCCAGGGCCAAUUAAGUUGGUUCCACAGAGACUGGGUGGAAAGGAAACAGAAGCUCAAGCAAGGCAAAGACAGCAAAUGAUGCUCAUGCAAUCUAAAUACCAGCAAAAGCACAAGAGAGAAGAUUAUGCAAAAGCAAAAAAGGCAGCCGAAGAAGAUGAAAUCCUGAAAAAGAAAGCAAUUCAGAGAGAAAAGGCAGAGAGACUUGAAGUUAAAAAAAGGCAACAAGAAAUGCGAAGAAGAGAGAUGUUCCUUGAAGAUCAAUAUGACAAAACCAAUGAAUUAUUGAACAGAUUGGACUUGGGUUUGCCAAAGAAUGAUUCCUGUCAGAUUGCUAAUCGUGGCCCAGAAUCUACAGCGUGGAUGAGAAGCCAUACUUAUAAGCAAGCUCUUCGAGAGGAUGAAAACAGAAGAUUAGAGGAAAUGAAGCAAGAACAACGGAGGAAGGCUGAAUCAAUGGAAUUUAAAAAAAAGCAGGAAGAGGAAGCAUGGAGAAGAGCACGUCAAAAUGAACAGAGGAGGGUAAACAAUGCUUUCCUGGACCGACUGCAGAACAAAACACAACCUGGAUAUUCUGGGAGUCCUGACUACCUCUGUAAUGGUGCCUGGGACUCAAACUACUUGGAAUAAAGGAGGAGAAAGGGUAUUGGAGAAACAUUCACUUUUAUCUGGCCUAGGCCAAAUGACCUUGUAAAAGCUCCAAGAAAGCACUCUUUUAUCACUGUGAUUUUUUUCUUACCCUGACUUCAGCUUCACACCCACUUCAUGAGCAAUCUGCAGAGACUGGUUUCUGGCUGUCAUUAUUCACGCAUAUUUGAAGCAGCUGAUUAUGAAAGUCCUAUUUAAUUUUUAAUAAGAGAAUGUGUCUUUUUUUUUUUUUUUAAUAGAUUGUUUUGCCUCUUGCAGAAUGUAAUUAUCCCAGUCUUUGGGAUCUCAGAAAAAGAAGACAUUAGCGGCUGCAGGAGCUGCAGUAAUAUCUGUGUUUACUUGCUGCUCUGUACCCAGCCAAAAACACCUCAUAGACUUGAACUAAAGAAGCAGGUAGAGGGUUUUCUCUUGGGAUGGGAAGGAGAAGUGUUGCUGGUUUGGGAUUUUUUUUUGUUUGUUUUGGUGGAUUUUGUGGAAUUGUUUUACUAUUGUGUUCAUCAGCAGACAUUCAAGAAGAAACAGAUGUGUGUAUUGUAGACAGAAUCUUUUAAAUAUGUUCCUAGAAAAAUACAACACAUGAAAGAAAUAAAAAUUGAAAUAACACUGAAAUUUAUUCAGUAUCUCCCACAUAUUUUGUGAUAUCAUAUACCAUUCUUUUCACUUUGCCUGUUUUACCUCAGUAACUUCUGUUACGUGAGUGAGGAAAACUACUGCAAGGUUAGCUUUAGUUUCUUGUUUUUCUUUGUCCCUCUAGUCUAAUGGAAUUUAAUUUAUAUCUCCUUGUUACUGACAACAUUUUAAUGCUUUCCAAAAGUCAGUUACAUGAACAAGGUAUUUCUAAUGGAAAAGAAGGGUCCACAGUACAUGUUAGAUAAACCAUGCAGACAAGAAAAAGUAUCUGUGGCAUUUACAAGUGCAUCUUAGACAAAGUUAAAGGUUUCCUGAGCAGUUUUUUUUCAGUGUGCAGGCGUGCCACAAUAUUUUUCCAUCCUUGCAAUAUGGAAACUUCAUAAUGGAUCACCUGAAGUUUUCUUUUGAACCAUGGAUGUUGCUUUCCCCUCUGGGAGUCUCUGCAGUUGCCCUUGGCUCUCUUUGCCUUAAAGAAUUAACUCAAAUCUCUCAUACUACUAGCUAGCUGAUAUUUAUAGGAGAUUCCAGAGAUCUUGGUAAUGCUCUGUGUUUUAGCCUUUUUUUUUAAGUAUCUGAUGCUGGGAAAAUUCUUUGGGAAGACUUUUGUAUACCUACAUGAUGGCACUAUAUUGCAAGUGGUACUUAGCUGUGUUGUCAGACUGCUGCUUUGGAAAUUAAAUUCACAUGUCCCUCCAAGAACUCCCUCACCCAGCCUCCUUUAGCAGAUAUCAGGGCUGAGGCUAAAUGUCUGCAGAGUGGAAUAUAUGUACAUGCAUGCACAUAUGUAUUAAAGGAAAUGUCUUUGCUUUAAUCAGAUCCUUGUAUUGUAUGCUAAUCAGACUAAGACUUGUAGGUGGUUGUUUUGAAGUAGUUAACCUGUAGCCUCUCCACACGUGACAUACGAAACCCCUAGACCCUGCUGUCAAAGGCUGAGUGGAAGGGGAAUUCACCAUAGUCACUGACAAGUUAAAAUUCAGUGUGAUUGUGUUGCUGGUUUUCUAUACCCAAAGAAAAAGAAGAACUUCUUAUUAACCUGCUGCUUUCACAUUCAGGAGCAGUGAUAGCAAGUCACCUUGAGUAACCUCUUCCAUUAAGUUUGUCUGCUUUCUUUGGCUGUCUUCAAAGAUGAAACUUGAUCACAAUCUUCAAAGGGCUUCCCCUUAUCCAGCAUUUCAAUCUCUUAUUUGAAAUACUCUCUACAAACUAUUUCAGACGUUAACUAUUCCAGUCCUUUUUAAUGGCGAAGUAUCUGAUUUUUUCCUCUCCUAUCUUUCUGAACAGAAAAACAAAUCUAUAUGAACAGUGGUGCAGGAAGUGUCUUUGAGAGCCAUGGCCUGCAAUGGAGAUGAUAAGAAGUUACAUGCAUCCAUGAAUUGAUGAUAGCAGGAUGUCUGGAAAAUGCUGUUAUCCUGUUGGAAAGCUUCCAGUAUCUCAGAAUCACCACCUCCCCACACACGCAUCCUGCCAAAACUUUAAGCUUGAAAGCAAAGGGAUGUUAUGACGUCUAUUUAAAGGGGUUAUAGUGAAAUGAACUGGCGAUAGACUGGGAAAAUGGCUUCACGUCUGUCAAGAGUUAGGAACUGAUAGUUUCUAACUCUAAUAUCUACCUAUUUUUAGGUACCUAUUAGAUACCUACCUAUUAGAGUAAACCUUUGAUAAAGGUUUUCAAAUACAAAUAGGUUCCUCUAGUUAUAGCUUACAUCGACCAAAUUAAUUAUUUUUAUGUGGUGGCCUGAAACCAGAUUUUAUUACUAUAUAACAGUAAAUGGAAGGGUUUUUUUUUGUUUUGAAAAUUGUUGUCUCAAUACAAUCUACACUGAUGAUCUUCUUGCUAUUUCAGAAACAAACCUUCCAACAGGGAAUGGUAUGGGGCUGGAAGUUACAAGAGGAAACUCCCUUGCUUUGUCAUUGCUGAGACAAAUUCAUUUUAACAAACUGACUAAACCAUUAUGAUCAGCUAUUCUGAAUUCCAAUAUAACUUGACAGCAAGAUUCCUAUGUUUAGUUUUUAUGGUCUGUCUAAAUCAGAAACUACCUUCCUAUGAAGAAAUGUAAUGCUCGUUUAAGGAUUUACAAGACUGAUUCUCCAUCAUGUACCUAAAAGUUGUUCCAAUGGUUUAACUAUACCUGCUUUAAAAAUAUCUGCCUGACUCCUAGUUCAAACUUGCCAAGUUUCAAGUAUCUGUUACUGAAUUUUCUUAACCACUUGCCUGGUAAAUUAAAGAGCUUUCUGCUCUUGGGACUCUUAUGUUUUUCAGUGUGCAUAUUUGGACAGCUUAAUUCAAUUUGCACUCCUUGUUCAGCUUUUAUUCUUAAAUAUAUCCCAGAUUUACAGAAAGUUUUUGAUGUGAUAGGUUUCAGUAUAAGUGUAUCUUUUUUUUGGUAUGUGCCCCACUACCCAGACACUGGGGCAGAAUAUUAUCAGCUACUAGAAAGGGAGCUAAUCCAUAGCUUACAUUUUGUGGUACUCAUCCAUGUUCAGUUCAUGCUUGUCCUUCAAGAAAUCCAAAUCCCUGACUCCUGUCUUGGAGAACAACUUAACCACCGGGUCUUUAUGUUAGUUCUCAGCAGCCCAGGCUGUGAUGGCUCUUCUGCUUUAUGCAAAAGAAUAGAAAUUCAUGUGAAAUGAGAUGGCACAUGACUUUAUCUAGCCCAAGAGCUGGUUGUUCCUGCUGCGGCCAAUGCCAUGACUCUGUUCCCCAUCGUAGUCUUCCCUAAGGGCUCCCUCACAUAGCACACUCGCUCCUUUACACUUCUGGAUAUUUGUUUUCUUUAGUCCUGCUGCUGGAGUACAGACUCUCUGGCAGAAAUCCCUUUCACUCCCUCUGUGAAGCAUACCUCCUCCUUCCCUUUCAGUCAUGCCCUCUUUCUUAUCAAAUCCCUCUACUUCACCAGCUGAAUCAGGUGCCUGUAAUCCAUGGAUUCUUCUUUGCCACGCUUGACCCCUUCCACAA